AUGAAAGUAAGACCAUCUGUAAAAAAAAUGUGCGAAAAAUGUCGCAUAAUACGCAGACACAGAAGAGUUAUGGUUAUUUGUGAAAAUCCUAAACAUAAACAACGACAAGGGUAA